AUGUUACAAUAUGCGAUGCUAUGUAAUUGCAUAAAGUCAACAGUGACAACCUAUCCUAUCCACAUAAAAUUUGCACAAAAACAAACUAUAAUUGCAACCGGUUUAUACAAAUUAACUUCCCUGAAGCAGAAGAAUAUAAUGACCCAAUCAAGUUGGAAAUCUGUAGAUGAUGCUUUAACAGUUGGUCAGACGACUUUCAGCAUAACGAAAUCAAUUUCAACAGUUGCCAUUGUUGUAACGGUCGCAUCAGCUGCAUUGACAGUUGUUGAUGUAGCAUUCUUAAUUGCAAGUGGGGUAUCUGAUCACCCAACUAUUGAGGUAAUCAAUAAUGUUGUUAAACAAUUGAAGAAAGAACUUGAACGCUUCAAAGAUAUAAAUUCAACAAUAGAUACAUUUAAAGAAAAAGCUUUUCUAUCAACAGUUGAUGAUUUUCAAAUUAUUAGUUUGAGUACUAUAUCUAAUGAUGCUUUAAUCGCUUUACUUAAUAAUAAUAAUGCUACAGAAUCUAUAGAAAUAUUAAAAAACUAUGAUAUUGUUGGCCAUUCAAAAAUAACUAUAUUCCAAAGCAACUAG